AUGGCAGCCGAGCUAACCUCCAUAAAGCUCAACCCUGAGAGCCACCUUAUCUUGGACCAACCACUCCUCCGCCUCCCCCACGAGCUAGCCCGACGAAACUUCAAAACGGUCCAAAGAUCCGUGGAAAGAGAAAAAGAGUAUGUCCUGCCGGCACUCAAAGAGGCCGCCAACGCCUCACUAUCGAACACCCACACCCCCGACCAAACCCUCGCCGCACUGGACGCAAUGAUUUCCCGCAUGCAAGGCCUGAAACGGAAGAUGCAAAGCCUACAAGAAGAAGAGAAGAAAAUCCAGACCCAGUCUCGCAAACGCAUCCAACACCUCGAGACGCUGCAUAAGAUCCCGAGCUUGGCUGAUGUCAAGUAUGACCAAUGGUCGCGUGUCCGGCUGGAUCGGUUACUCGUGGAUCAUAUGUUGCGGUCGGGGUACUCGGAUAGUGCGAAGCAGCUGGCGAAGGACCGGGAGAUUGAGGAUCUUGUCGAUCUCGGUGUUUUUACGCAGUGUCAGCGGGUCGUCGAGAGCUUGCGUCGCGGGGAGACUAAAGAGGCGUUGCAGUGGUGUGGCGAGAACAAAGCUGCAUUGAAGAAGAGCCAGCAUAACUUGGAAUUCGAGCUGCGGCUGCAGCAAUACAUUGAGAUGGUCCGAACGAAGGACUUAUCGAAGAAGGUGGAGGCGAUCAGCCAUGCUAGGAAGUAUCUAUCUCUCAAUCCUGAGUCUCAAAAAGACGAAGUCAACCAGGUUGCUGGGUUGCUUGUCUUCACCCAGGAUUCGAGGGCGGAGAAGUACAAGUCACUAUUCUCACCGGAUCGCUGGAAGUAUCUUUCGGAUCUAUUUGUGCAGACUCACCAUGAGCUCCUCUCAUUGCCGUCACAGCCACUCUUACAUAUUGCGCUGUCAGCUGGGUUAUCGGCACUAAAGACACCGCUCUGCCACUCAGCAUACACAUCAUCCAGCUCAAACUCCCAGUCCACAUCUACAUCCGUGUGCCCGAUUUGCUCUACAGAACUAAACGAGCUAGCACGGAGGAUGCCAUACGCGCAUCACUCCAAGAGCUACGUGGAAAGCGACGCCAUCGUGCUGCCCAACGGCCGAGUCUACGGCAAGUCACGACUGCUGGAAAUCAGCAAGAAUGUCGGAUCUGUCGAGACAGGCAAAGUCAAAGACCCGACGACUGGCGAGGUCUUCGACGAGAAGGAGAUGAAGAAGGUGUAUAUAAUGUGA